GUGAAACUUCUGGGGGAAACAGCUGGUGGGAGGUUGAGCCAAAGAGCUCCCUGGACCUGAGUGAGCAGGCUCAGGAACACAGACAGGGCUGUGAAGCCAGUCUCUGAUGCCUGUGAGUGUCUGUCAGUCCAGCCCUAGGAACUGAUGAGUUCAGUGCCUCUUCUAGCAUCGACAGCAUCACGCUUAUGCCGCUUGGCAUCAAGAGCGUUUGGGGACCUGCCUUCCAAUGGACAUCGUUAUUCACAAAAGAAAGGAAGCUGUACACACGGACCAGAAAGACGAUGACCUGCUGGUUGCUGUGCCUAAGGAAGCCACAGCUCUUGGGACCAUCCAGAUACUGUGUGCCCUGACGAUUGCAAGCUUUGGGGGCAUUUUUGUGUCAGCUUCCUACUCUUCCUACAUCAGCCCAGCAGCCUUCACCACUUUGAUGUUCGGGUACCCAUUUAUUGGAUCCCUGUAUUUUGCCUUUGUUGGAUCUCUCUCGAUAAUCUCUGGGAAAAUCGCAAUCAAACCCUUUGCACUGAGCAGCCUGGCCUCCAAUGCAGCAAGCUCUGUCGUUGCUGCCAUUGGCCUCUUCCUCCUCACCCAUAACCUCAUAGCCCUGGGGACUGCCUCUCCUCAUUGCAGUUCAGAAAAGAGAUUCCUGGCCUUAUUUCUUUAUUCGGAAUCCCACUAUUGGAUGAAUGAAGACAAGAACUGUCUGCUCGCUUAUGUCAGUGCCGUGAGUGGGCUGGCAUUGAUGCUCAUCUUCACUGUGAUGGAGUUUUUGCUAGCCGCGUACAGUUCUGUCUUUUGGUGGAAGCAAGUCUAUUCCAACAAGCCUGGGAGUCCAUAUUUCAUGCCUGAGUCACAAGACCAACUUGUCAAAAGCAGUUCUUUGAGGCCAUGAAUAGGAAACACAGCAGAAGAAGGAAGAAAGCCGGCACUCGUGGCAGAGCACAGCUGGACGUUCCUGAAAUCUCAGCCUUGGGAGAUCCAAAUAAACCUCUGAAGAAAA